AUGAAACAUUUCCUUUACGAGGCUGCUAAGAGGUAAAGAGGCGGAGCAGGCUGUAACCAUUUUUUAACGGCUAAUUUUUUGAGAGUAUCCCGAGUUGACAAGGCAACCGCUACAACACGGGACGAUGCUGUUUCUCUAUCUGUUGGUACUGUUGAUAGAUACAGCCUCUCAGCACAGGUCGGCUGAAGAAGGCGUUGAAGGAGGCUCUGUCGUUAUUUCGUGUAGUCACAGAAGAAUUGCAUUUGAAGAAAAACAACUGACAGUCUACUGGAGACACAACGACACCAGGAAUGUACACGAUAUUAUCCAUGGAAAAGUUUCUGUUAAGGAACAACACCCAGCGUACAAGAACAGAACAGAAGUUUUACCUGACGAGCUCAAGAAGGGCCGGAUCUUGCUCAAACUCACCGAUCUCCAGCUCUCUGACAGAGGAACGUACAUCUGUUUCGUUCCAGAUGUGGGAGUUCAUCCCAGUACACAACUGGUGGUAAAAGAACGGCCAGUAAUAGAACAGAGAGCAGCUCAAGUGAGAAGCCAUGGUACAGAAACAAGCCUGGGAAGAACUCUGCAACUCCUACUUUUACCUGGAUUCAUCCUGCUAUUUAUUUAAUUCUGCCCGUUUUCUAUUGUUCCAAUAAUGUAUAAAUUUAAUAUUUGUAUAUAUAUUUUAUAUAUAUAUAUAUAUAUAUAAAAUGUUCUUUACUACCUUUUUUACACUAUGCAAAUGAAUAGCGUAUUCAAAAUGGCAAUUACAAAUUAAAGUUGUUUUUUUUUUCACAUUUACUCCGGCAUUUUCAAU